UCUCCGUGGCACCUGUCUCCACUGCACCUGCCUCCACCUACCUCCACCUGCCCAGGCUUCUCUUCUGACUGCUAGUUACGUGCACGUUGUCGUACGUGCGCUGGUUUCCGGCUGCUGCAGUCAGUGAGUAACCCCAUUCCUUCCAACCUGAAGUCUGAGGCGAAGAAAGCCGCCAAGAUCCUGAGGGAGUUCACCGAGAUCUCCAGCAGGAACGGACCGGACAAGCUCAUCCCCGCUCAUGUCAUAGCGAAGGCUGAAGGUCUGGCCAUCAUUUCCGUCAUCAAAGCCGGCUUCAUGAUCACAGCCAGGGGAGGCAGCGGCAUCGUCAUCGCCAGACUCCCCGACAGACGUUGGUCGGCACCUUCUGCCAUCGGUAUAGCUGGUCUGGGUGGAGGCUUUGAGAUCGGAGUGGAGGUGUCAGACCUGGUGAUCAUCCUGAACCAGCGCAGGGCCAUCGAGGCGUUCACGAAGGGCGGGAACCUGACGCUGGGCGGGAACUGCACCGUCGCCGUGGGACCUAUUGGCAGGAAUGUGGAGGCGGACGUUGCUCUGCGCAGCACUGCAGCCGUCUUCACCUACUGCAGGUCCAGAGGCCUGUUUGCAGGGAUUUCCCUGGAAGGCUCUUACCUGAUCGAGCGCAAGGAAACCAACCGAAAGUUCUACUCCCAAGAUAUCCGGGCGUCGGCCAUUUUGAAUGGUGAUGUAGAGCCUCCUUCAGAGUGCUACGACCUCUACCACAUCCUGGACGUCUACACAGAGGCGUACACCUCCGACUGGACCAGCAAGAACAAUCGUGUUAAGUCUGCUCCUCCAUCCAGACCUCCAGCUCCAUCACAGCAGAGAAGACCAACCAGCAGUCAGCAGCCGGCGGCCGAUGGCGGAAGAAAAAACGCACUCUAUCCAAGCGUCUCCGUCUACAAAUCUGAAACCUCAAGUCAGUUUGCCUCCAGAGACUCUCAGAGCUACGGUACGGGGCCUCCAUCGGGCGGGGCCAGUGGGGUUUUGGUCGUCACGGCAACACACCCAUUUACAGGACAACAGCCCGGGGACCUGAGCUUCUUCCCUGGUGACCGGAUCACCGUCAUCACCAAAACGGAGUCCCAGUACGACUGGUGGGAAGGGAAACUGGACGACGGGCGGGUCGGGAUAUUUCCCGCCAAUUUUGUCACGUACUGACGUCGCCCUCUGGUGGUCUGACCGUGGAACUGGUGCUGGAACACUGAGUCACAGGUGUUGGGUCUUUCUGAAUUUAAGCUAAUGAAAAUAGAAAAGACUAAUAAUGAAUGUUGUCCUUCAGAUUUUUAUUCUAUAAUUAUUGGGAUAUUUGAUUUAAAAGAAACAGCCUCUGGUGCCAUUAUGAAGCGCUGUGGGAUGUUGUAAGAAUUUUUCACUUUUUCACAAAAUAUUUUACAAAUUGCACUUGAUUGAACAGUUUUUAAAAAUAAAUAAUCGUGUAAAUUAGCACGAAUAUAAAGUUUUUUUAGGAAAUGUCACAAACCCUAUGGUGUGAUUUCAUAUUGUUUUAACUAAAGACAACAUUUAAUCUCAUUACAGAAUAUUUUUAUUUGAUUUUAAUUGUUGUCUUUAGGCUUUUGUACAUCAUUUGUAAGAAAGUUUUUGUGUUUUUUACCACUUCAGGAUGUGAUUGUGAAGGAGUCUGGAUCAAAAUUUUCUCAUUUUUACUUACUGGUUGGUUUUCUGGUUUAUCAUUUUUUCUGGUAAAUAAAACACUGCAAACAAUCUUUUAUUAAGUAUUUAUAACUUUUGAUCAGACACAAACAGUUUAUUGUAGAGUUCGGGGAACUUUAGAACGUGGGACAUCCCAGUUGGUUAUUGGAGGGGAAUGUGUUAUUUUUGUUUUUUUUACUGUGGUUCAUAUCAAACUGUUUGGGAUCUGUUACGGUUCUUUAAAAAUGUCUCCUCUAAAUGGGGAUGUUUGUGGUAGGAUUUGUUCAUUCAGGUUUUUCUUUUUGCACAGGUUAUGUUCUGAUUUUUGAGAUGGUAGCUGGAAUAUUCUGUCAUGGUUUCAUAUUAUCGUGUUUUUUAGGCAUGUCAAUAAAUCAGAUUUUUGAAAAUA